UGAGGAGCAUGAGUCAUGACCUCAGUGGUGCUGGUCGACAAUGGUGGGUAUGUCACUGCAGAGGGGGACUCCCAGCAGGAGGGAGAGGGCGAGGUGGAUCCGGAGCUUGAAGAAGAGAUUGACGGGCAGUGUGAAGCUGAGGAGGCCUUUGAAGAGCCACAGGACAGACAGGAGGUUGAGGACUACCCAGCAAUCAUUGUGGAGGAGGUACCCGGUGCCAGCCCGGUUGAGGAGCAAGGUUACUCGGCCCAGGUGUUGUGUAUGAUGACAAGUGUGCAGAAAGGUUCCGAGGAGCAGGAGGUGGAGACAGAAGGGGAGGCAGUGGAGGCUUCUGUCCAUGGCACCAGUAUCCACUGCUCCGACCAGACCUUUGAGGCGGCAGAGGCUCUGCUACGCAUGGAUUCACCUUCCAGCCUCAGAGGGGACCGUAGUCCAGAAGCUUUUCUCCCACCAUGCGUCGCAACGCCAGACUUCCUCCACGCUGCCAUGCGUCCCGACAUGAUUACAGACACAGAGGUGGAGAUAUCGACAGAGGACUGCUGCGAGGAGGAAGAUGAGGACAUUGGGAUACUUGUGGAGGAACCGGAGCCCGACCUUGAGCCUGUCAGGAAGAGAAGAGCUGGACGGAAGCCGAAGAUUCAUCAUUCCGCUGUUUCCAACGAUUCACCAGACCUCGGCAUCAAGAAGAAACCCAAAGAAGGGAAAGCAGGGAGCACCACCUAUCUAUGGGAGUUCCUGCUGGACCUCCUCCAGGACAAGAACACCUGUCCCAGGUACAUCAAGUGGACACAGAGGGAGAAGGGCAUCUUCAAACUGGUCGACUCAAAGGCCGUGUCCAAGCUGUGGGGAAAACACAAGAAUAAGCCGGACAUGAACUAUGAGACCAUGGGACGGGCACUCAGAUAUUACUACCAGCGUGGCAUCCUCGCCAAAGUAGAGGGCCAACGGCUUGUGUACCAGUUCAAAGAGAUGCCCAAAAACAUUGUCAUCAUCGACGACGAAAUGACGGACAUGUCCGCCCCCGAUGAUCUGAUUGGCUCAGACAGCGGCGCUUCCUACGAGCGCGUGCCACCGCCGUCAGACAUGCUGCUCCAGGCGGCUGAACUUUCGUCCUCCAUGAAGCCCAACAUCCUGCGGGCAGGGAACAGAGCCAACGUAGUACAAGUUCCUGUCACCACGGGGAGCAAAACUGUGGCAGGCAGCAGUGUUGCCAUGGUGACGGGGGUUCCACGGAUAGUGGCGGUUACUGCAGCGCCAGAUGGGAGUCAGACCCAGCAGUCUCACGCAGCGGUCAUCACCAACGCCACCGGGCCCAGGACGGUGCGGGUGGCUAUGCAGGUGCCCUUAGUCAUGACAACGUCACUGGGUCAGAAGAUCUCCACAGUUGCUGUGCAGCAGUCGGCAGGAAGCACAGGGGCAGCGGGCCACACCACCCUCCUCACCAACACUUCUGCCCUCAGUGCAGCUGCUGGAAACACCAACUCACAACAAAAGGUCAUGAUCCAGACAAUCCCCACCAUGGUCCCAGCCACAGCAGAGAAUGGCGACAAGAUCACAGUCCAGCUGGCCAAGAUCAUCACAAUCCCAGCCCACCAGUUGGCCCAGUGUCAGCUCCAGACCUCCACUGGCACAAACAAGCCCGGCGUCGGUGCCUCCACGAUGGGCAUCAGCCUCCUUGGGAGCCCCCUGACGGUUCGGGCCCUAGCUCCUGUCAGUGUAACACCGGGAACGCAAGUGAUGAGACUCACCGUGCCGACACAGCAACAGACUCUGGUGGUGCCGCAGUCAGGAGGCAUCGGUGGCAGGGCAGGGACAGUAACGGUAUCCACGGCCAAUCAGACACUGACCGCACAGCCUCGCAUCCUUAGCGGCGUCUUUAAUGGCUCCGAGCUGGUGAUAGGAGCGCCGGCGUGCGAAGAAGUCGCAGCGGAGAAGCUGAAGGCUGCGGGAGUCCAGCUCCAGGCUGUGCAGGUGCCAGCGGCAGUCCAACAGAACCAGGUGAACACCAAAACUAUCCAGUCGGAGGCCGUGGAUGCCGAGGUGGUAAUCAAACUGCAAACCCCCGAUGUGACGAUAAAGACCGAGGAGCCAGAGUGGUGAAGUGCACACAUUUGCCAUUACCCAUCUCCUCCCCCUCUGCCAGAGAGGAUUAGUUUGUACAUGUUUGCAGUCAUUUUUACUCUUGUGAUAACCAGCAGCAGUCUUUGAGACUCUAAAAACUCCCGAAGGCCUCAACCCGUCUUCACAACCUCCAUUUUGCUGCCUAGGACUGAAACUGAACCGAGCCGGUCUCCUUCACAACCACACUGGAUACUGUCGAAGUGUUGGGUUUGGAGCCCAAACUGGAUCCUUCAACACAGGACUACACACACACACACAGACUUCAAAGGGAGUUUUUGAGAAAGGUAAAGGGACCAACCUCGAUCACUACAAUUCAUGCCUUCUUCUAAAUGGGUUUAGAAGAAGGCAUGACUCAAAUUUGGAAAAACCUUGGAAAUGUUACGGGGAAAGAGGAAAAAAAACAAAAAACACUACUAAACGAGGCAAAUAAUUAUAACCAAGAAAAAUGUGAACUAUCAAAGAAAAAAAAAGUGUGUGUGGGGGGGCUGUAAUUAAACUUUUGUAUACAUUUGUUUCCAUUUUUGCAUCCACAGAUAUUAAAACCAGCAACUUAUUAUGAAAACUUACAUCACUGUGCAGAUCAGGUGUGGGUGGUGCUAAACGAAAGAGAGAGGAGCUUUUACAAAGAAGGAUAUCAGACAGAAAAUGGUUGUGUAUGUACAUAUUUAUACAUAUAUAUAUAUCUCUACUAUACAGUUUGAGGAGCUAAAGUUAACAGCCUUAGAUCUCAGUUUUAAUUUUCUUUUAUAUAUUGUUUAAACAGUAACCUGAAAUAAGUUUUUGUUUUUUUUGAUACUUUGUACCAAGCACAGUAUUAUUGAAACAAGCGAACCUAAUAUUUGUUUAAUCGUCAGUUCCUGUCUCCAUCAGGCCUUUAACGCCUAGAAACAGAUCCGUGACCAGAUCGCUUGCAGUGCGUCUUCCAGCGCCCAGGGAAAUCUCUUGGCUUGAAUUUCACAUAUAUUUGACAAAAAGAAUCUUGGCUAUGUCCCAAUUCUAUGAUUUUUUUGUUUGUUUGUUGGUUUGCUCUCCUCUUCCCAACUUUGCACCUUGUCUGGCUGCAUGGAAAUGAAAAGAAUGUGACUCGGAGGCAGCGCACGCUGCCAUGUCGCAGAAAAUAAAUUAAACCAAAAUGACAUAUCAAUGUAUGUAAACUCAGAUCGCAAAUGCAAUUGAGCAGUCAAAAAGAGGCGCGGAAAAUCACAAGUUUAUGCAAAAUGUCUUUGUAAAAUACGAAACCACUGUGGAUCCCAGAUCACUUUAUUUUACCUGUAAAACAGUUUUCUUGAACAAGAGUCUGUGCCAUUUUGGCCCAACAUUUCAUUAUCAUUAUUUUUAUUUUUAAUCUGAAAAGGGGGAACGAUGGAAAGAUGUUUGUGUUCAGACUGAACUGUUUGUAUAUUCAACAUUUGAAGUAUAUUCUAUUUUGUUGUACUCUUGUUUAAAAGUGUAUUAAAGUAGAUUUUACUGAAAUAUAAAAAGACGUUUGAAACCCGA